UUGUCAACAGCCAAUGAAUACAAAGAAGAAGAAAAAGAAUCAGCAGAAUAUCGUCAAGCAUAGGAACUCGGCUGGAGCCACUUCCAUCAUGUCAGGAUAGAAAAGCAAACAAACAGCAGAAAAAGCUCGGUCGAACCAUCCUUUUCCGAAACGGAGUCUUUACGAUGGAAGGCGAGGAGGAGAGGGGUGUUGUUCGUGUCAAAGUCAAGGUUUCUGCUGCCUGAGCUGUUCACUAAGCACACAGUCAGUUGUGGCCAACUUCCUGAUGUACUCAUGGAUGUUUGUUGUCUCAUCCUGGACGGUGGUUCAGACACUCACUUGCCCUCUGCCUCCUUCCUUUCGCUUUGUGUACAAUCUCAAGGUGCUGGAUUUGGGUUGAAACCCUCCACACAUGGUAAGGAGAUUGAUGUAAUCUCUCCAGCAUGUCUUGGGUUUGCCUCGGUGCCUCCGUCUGGUGGGCCGUGCCCAGAACACCUCACCCAGAAGGCGCCGAGGAGGCAUCCUAAUCAGAUACCCAAACCACCUCAACUGGUCGUGCUCCUUUUCCAGCUGAGGACCACAACCUCAGAUUUGGAGGUGCUUGUUCUCAUUCCCGCUGCUUCACACUUGGCUCCGAACUGCUUUAGUGCAAGCUGGAGGCAACCACCAAGGCCACAUCAUCUGCAAACACUGUUUUUCCCAUGUGAGCGUUGAAGUUUUCCAGUAGGAUGACAGAAACACUAGAUGGAUCACCCUAAAGCAUCCCACUCAGUGACCCCAUGAAGGCUGGCUAGUCUGAACUGUCCAUUGGUGCAUAAGCACAGAUGACAGUCAGGACCCAUUCCCCGACCCAAAGGUGCAGGGAACCAAUCAUCUCAUCCACCAGCAAAAACCCCAGCAUACUGGCAGCAAGAGGUUACAUUCCAUGAGUGUGGUCCCAUGACGCUUCUUUGGGCUGUGCCUGCCAGCACAGAUGGCAUAAGGCCCGACCCCCCCAGACGCUCACCUUUGAGUUCCCUCUCCAGGCCUGGUUUCAGGAAAUGUGAUGGGGCACUUCCUGUGGAGUUUCGCUCCUUUGCUGUUGAUCCCCAGAUAACAUCGCUGGAGGUUUUGCAGCACAUACUUAUCAGAGCCUUUGAUUUGAAUGGGAAGAGAAAUUUCAGCGUUGGUUACCUGUCUCGCGAUCGCAGCGGGGCUGAAAUGUAUAUGUCUCUGGUCUCUGACUGGGAUUUGGAUGCUGCGUUUGUCAGUGCAGCCAGACCAUUUCUGCAGCUCAAGAUGGAUAUAAAACCUUCUGAGGACAGCCCUGUUUUGGAAGACUGGGACAUCAUAAGCCCCAAAGACGUGAUUGGCUCUGAGCAGCUUCUCACAGAGAAGACUAGAUCCUUGGCAUCUGCAGCUCUUCCCUUCACCCAGUCUCUACUGUCCCAGGUGGGCCGGACCCUGUCGAAGGUCCAGCAGGCCUUCAGCUGGUCUUAUGGGGAGGAGAUCAAGCCUUUCAAGCCCCCUCUAAGUGACGCUGAGUUUCACAGUUACCUUAACGGACAGGGACAGUUGACCCGGCCUGAGGAACUCAGACUGCGAAUCUACCAUGGGGGUGUGGAGCCGUCGCUGCGGAAGGUGGUUUGGCGUUACCUCCUGAAUGUCUAUCCAGAUGGACUUAGUGGACAGGAGAGAAUGGACUACAUGAAGAGGAAGACGAGAGAGUAUGACCAGCUAAAGAGAGAGUGGACAACCCGGGUUAGUCAUGAGGACCUUGAAUUUAUCCGUGGAAAUGUUCUCAAAGACGUCCUGAGGACGGAUCGAGCUCAUCCAUACUAUGCAGGCUCUGAGGAUAGUCCCCAUUUGACUGCCCUCACAGAUCUACUCACCACAUUUGCCAUCACUCAUCCACAGAUCUCUUACUGUCAAGGCAUGAGUGACAUUGCCUCCCCAAUACUUGCAGUAAUGGACAACGAGGCACACGCCUUCAUUUGCUUUUGUGGCAUCAUGAAACGCUUAGAAGGAAACUUCCGGCCAGACGGGCAGCUCAUGUCUGUUAAGUUCCAGCAUCUGAAGCUCCUCCUGCAGUACUCCGAUCCUGAAUUCUACUCUUACCUAGUGUCCCGAGGAGCUGACGACCUCUUCUUCUGCUACCGUUGGCUUCUUCUGGAGCUUAAACGAGAGUUUGCGUUUGAUGAUGCUCUAAGGAUGCUGGAAGUUACUUGGAGCUCUCUGCCCCCAGAUCCUCCUGAAACUGAAGUGGAGCUUCUGGGGCCACCUCUGGAAGCCGACGAAACAAUGUUCAGCAACUUUGAAGACAAGACGGUUGAGGACUACUUUCAAGAUAAGGAACAAAAAGAGAAGCAGCGUCGACGGCACAUGCUGCGACCUUCAAGAGAAGAAGCAGACAUGAACAUAAAUGCCAUCGCUGAUGAAAUGGACAGGCAAAGCGUGAGCUCGGACAAAGCAAAUGUGGGUGACGAGUGUGAUAUCCCUCAGGUAACCAUGGCAAAGACAGAUUUGAAAGGUGCUCCCUUCGAGAGGCAGACUAGUUUUGGGGAGUUUAAAUAUUAUACUGCCCGAAAUGAAGACAGCUUUGAUAUGGAGGAGGUUGAACAGCAUCCUCCAUGUCAACAGGGUGCGGUGGUUUCAGAGUCGAUAACGAGCAUCCCGAGGCGCCAAUCCACAACUGACACUGAGGAGGACACGGGAGAGCAAACACCACUGUUUAAAACUUUUGAUAAUGAUGUUUCUCCACCUCUUUUCCCAAGCAGCCAACCCGUCUGGAAAACUGGCUCCUCUGUCUCUCCCAUGUCUUCAGUGUCACCAUCGAGUUGGCCUGGUGUUUCUCCAGACUCUCCUCCAAAGUCCACAUCACCAUACGUGAGCAACGAAAGUGAGGCCUUACCAAGAGCUGGCCUAAACGUGUCAGCUUCUUCUACUCAGUUGCCCAGCAGUACACGCAUCAGUUCACCCACAACCCCCACUGCACGGACAUCCGUCAGCUCUCUUUCUACUGCUCAAAACAGAUCCCUGCUGUCUUCACCCAUUUUGUCCUUUGGAAGAGGAACAUCUUUGUCUGGUUCCAGGUUGUACUCAAACAGUCUCCUCUCACCUGGCAACAAAUCCCCCAGCAGCGCUGCUAAUACGCCCAGUUCUCUAAAAGCCGAGACCACUGGCAUCAAGCCGUGUUCCUUGCCACCUCCUCAAGAGUUUGGUAAAGGCAACCCCUUCAUGCUGUUCCUGUGCUUGUCCAUCCUGUUGGAGCACAGAGACCAUAUCAUCAAGAACAGUUUGGAUUACAAUGAGCUAGCCAUGCACUUUGAUCGCCUUGUGCGACGCCACAACCUGAGCAGAGUGCUGCAAAGAGCCAAGGCCCUGUUUGCAGAGUACUUGCAAAGUGAGGUGUGGGACUCAGAAGAAGGGGAUGAGGUUAGCUCAGACUCUCCAACAACAGCUACUGCUACUCAGCACUCCCCUUCUUCAGCCAUCUCUGCUAAGCCCAUUUACAGCCCUUUAGCAUCUCCACAGUUGUCAUCUCCAAACUCAACCUAUAAUUUGGCAAACACCAUUCCUUCUCUGAUAGCUCAAAAUUCCUUUUCCACCAGUUCCUGAUUCUGUUGUACAUCACUGGCCUCCUUUUCCGGACUGCUUAGUGGAUUCAGCUCUUUCAAUUCUGUCUCUAAUUAAAUACAUAUAUUCCUUAAGGUCAGUGUAAUAUUUUUCUUGCUUGUUCUCUGGAAGUCGGGAUAAAGAACCUAAGAAGCCUUUUUUCCAUUGGGGUUGCUGAUUCUUGAAGCUCAGUAAUUCGGGAAUCUGAUAUUUGACCCUGAGCCUGUCUGAAUCAUACACUUGGUGCAUUUAACCCGUGUUGCCACUUUUAUCAUGUUUGUUUACAAUCUGAUUUCCUCUCCAGGAAGCCAUGGAAGUAUGUUAAUUAAAACACGGGAGUUCAAUUACUUAAAAACAUAAUGGGAUGGUGGUUUCUUGAACUCAAGUCUUUGCUUUCACUCAUCCCGAGUGCACGAACCACUGAAUAAUUGCAGAAUUUGUAUGUUUUGUUUUGUUUUUUGUUUGUUUGCUUGUUUAUUGUUUUUUUUGUUUUUUUUUAAAUAACCUCAAGUGUGACUUGUUACUCAUAAAAUAACAUGUUUGAUAGGGAUGUGACCCUGUGACCCCAAUAAUUUAAUCCGAUAAUCUAAAUUCUUUUAGUUUGGAUAUUUUAAAUAACUGUGUGUGUGAACAAGGAGCCACUCGCUGACUAUUUAGUUGGCAUGUUGUUUCAUUUCUUUGUAUCUUCAAAGCAAACAUGCAGAAAGGCAUUUGCAGUGACAUUCACUGUGCUCGGGAGCACAUGGUGCACCAUCCAGGACUCAUUUCUGCCUGAAAUUGCUUCCUGUUGAAAGUAGGUUGUCCUCUAAAACACUCACUUGAGGCAACUAGUUGUGAACUGGUGCCAUACAAAUAAUAUUGAAUUGAAAACAUACUUGGCAAUAUUUGACACAUAACACGACCAUAGCUGCAUACUUAUUGGCCAGUAGUUCCUCAUAGAGUAGCUAUGGUCCAGAUGAACUGGUUUACUUAUUACAAACAUAUAGCUGCUGCGUAUGGUCCAGUCUCUGCUCUUUAGACGUUUUCCAGUCAAUUUCUAGUUCUUUCUAAUUCAUCUCGAAGUUGUAAGACUAGCUCACCAUAACCACAACCUACCCUAUACUGGAGCAGACAGUAUGAAGGCAUAGGUUCUGAUGUUGAAACUGAGAUGGGGCCGCUGUCUCUGAUCCAACCUCUGCUAAGCUGCUGUUAAAACAAACAGUUGUGACGUCUCUUUAAAACAUGUUAGCCCAGGACAAAAACUGUGAACAUCAGUGUGGUUUCAGUCUACUUUGUACAAAUGCCUUUUUAUUAAGAGACCUUGUGCUGGGGUCACAAAAUUAAAACUACAUGAGUAGUAAAGUAAGUACUGCACACUGUAAAUGUGUUUAUUGAGUAAUGUUUAAUUUUAGCACUUUGCUCAUUGCUCUUUUCCAAAGACAGUGUUUUAUGAAUGUACAGCUCGCAUCUUCUUUUGUCCUUUUUGGAGGGAAACUAAGAUCUGUGGUGAUCUCACAGAGUGAACCCGACUAACAGCAAUCAAUCAAAAAGCAGCUGAAAGCUGUCAGGACACGCCCAGGACGAUUGGCCCUAUUUUGUUGUUUUGUUUUUUUUGAGUUGAUUCACAGAUUUAUUGAUCACAUUAGAUAUGUGCCUGUGAAAUCAAAGCUUGCAUUGUGCUAGCUCUGAUAUAAACUCCACUCUAACAAAGCUUACAUUCAUCAUUUUCUGUUAUUGUUUGUGUCAAAGCAGUUAUGCUCAUGCUGUGGUUAUAAAAGGUGGUGAUGAUGUUCUGGUCUUAUUUUUUACCAGCUCAACAUAGGUGAAGGGAAGCAAAAUACAUAUUUAUGUUUUAGGCCAUGACACUGUCAAUAAGCUGGGCAGCUGGAGAAAUGCUUACUCUGGAUGGGUUUUGGCCCCGGUCACAUGAAUCCAUCCUUAGACCACAUGCUCGACGUUCCAGACCUCAGCUCAGUUGUGUGCCAUCUGUUAGGGAUAUGAAGGCACAACUACAAAUUUUGGGAGUAGAUCUUAAAACAUUCUUCUUCUUAGCAUGGUUUACCUUACCUAUUCUUACUUUUUAAGGGAUAGGUAUUCUGCAAACAGUACUCAUGCAAAAGUAACGCUUAUUUGAGAAAUACCUUCUGAGGACUGUUUCUAUUUAAACAGAAUUUGAAGUGACUGAUAUCGUUGGAGAAACUCGUAUGGUUAUGAUUCUGGGGUUCUGUUUUGCCUCCUUUUGUAUGUCAGUAUUUAAUAUCAAAAUAAACCAAUCUGAAGUAACUGUACUCACUGGACUGUGAGCUAGCAAUAUGUACAUUUAUUUAAAAAGAUUUAUCUCAAGUUAUCUAUGUAAACAAAAGUUAAAACACAAUGUUACUGAUUGUAUAUUGGACACAAAUAAAUAUUCAGUGCAGCUGAUUGCAUGGAGGAUGAUUGUUUUGAACUGAUUCAUGAAGGCUACAAAAGUCCCAAGUGUAGAAUUUGAAAUACAAUCCUGUUCUCAAAACUGCCUCAAUUUUAAUUUUACUUGGGUGGAUCUAGUACUUCUUUGUUAAUUCAUUUAAAGCAAUUAAGCAUUUUAAGAAGUUAGUCUAACUGAUGCACACAUGAGGUUCACGCCUGAUUAUAAAUUCUGCUUCACACCCACCAUCUGAUGACAAAGUUGAGUUGUAGACACAGUAGGGUUGAAUUCGAUGUCAGCACAUCCGUUGCAGCUGUAACAGCUUCAGCUCUUCUCGGAAGGCUUUCUACAACGUUUAAGAGUGUAAUUAUGUCAAUUCUGACCAUUCUUCCGAAAGCCUGGCCUAUUCAUCCCAAAGGUGUUCUGUCGAGUUGAGGCCAGGACUCUGGCGUGGAAGAGCUUGACUAGCCAGAACAAACUCCCUCAUAUGUGUCUUUGACUUUGAUUUGUACAUUGAUGCACAGUCAUGUUGGCACAGGAGGGGCCAUCUCCAAACUGUUCCUACAAAGGUGAGAGCAUGAAAUUGUCCAAAAUGCCUUGGUAUACUGACGCAUUAAGAGUUCCUUUGACUGGAACAAAGGUGCAUCUGACAGUUUGCAUUAAGGUUUGGAUGCAGCUGCUCAGCCAUGGAAAUCCAUUCCAUAAAGCUCUGUAUGUGCUGAGCUAAUCUGAAGGCCAGGCGAAGUUUGCAGGUGUGUAUCCAUUUACUCUACAGAAAAGCUCCGUGUUGCUGUCAUUCCCAGUUGCUUCACUGUUAUAUUACCUGUAUCAGUUGACUAAGGAAUUUUUAAUGAGGAAAUUUAACAUCUGGAAUUGUUACACAGGUGGCAUCCCGUGUAACAGGGUACCACUGUGCGCUCCAGAGAGCAACCUGCUCUGUCACAAGGAGCAGUCUGCAGACUUAGGUCCUUGCUUUUAUACACCUGUGGUCAAUGAAGUGAUUGGAAAACCUGAAUUCAAUGAUUUGGAUGGGUGUGUGAAUUAUUUUGGCAACAGCAUCAUUUAUAUUGCUCAUGUUAUGUUUGAGCAGGGGUAGCUUGUCGGCUAUCACGAUUGGCUGUCUACCUGCAGAGAGUGUUGUCAGUGGAGGGAGUGUGCAAAAUAAUCAGCCCACCGCGUCUGUGGGCUUCACUUCCUGGUGUUGUUGCCAAUUGUAGACAUGAGCAAAGUUGUAACUUACAAAGGAGUUGAAGUGAAAUCAAGUGGAGGACUACACAGGAGCACAUUUGCAGUGGUUGAAAACAUGUACAUGGACCCUAUGACAAUGACAGAUUUGCAGGAUCAUAAACCUUUAAUACUUAUUUUAUGCUUGAACACGGAUAGUUCAAAGGUAGCCUGUCGGCACUCACAGACUGAUAAAAAUGUAAUACAUCUGGUCUUUAGGCUACUCGUAAUUGUUUUUGUCGGUCCAUCAGCAAACUGCUGAGAAGAUUAAAGUUAUAACUUACAAACUGCUCAAGUAAAAUGGAAUUUUAAAACAAUA